CAGACAAGCGAAGACUACACACCUAGAACACAAUGGGGUUUGGAGAAAGCCAAAAGACCAUUGAAAUGGAGAAUACAGAGGAAGGACGUUUAACACCCCUCACAAACACAGACCCAGAAAAGCCUAAAGAUAAUAAUAAACAAGGAAUUUGGCAGAAACUCAGAUCAUCCACAGUUCCUUUGCUCUAUGUUAUAAUUGGAGCAGCAAUAUUAGUAAUUGUGAUCAUCAUCCUCGCCGCUCUUCUGUCUAUAAAAGAUCUCAGAAGAAAUGACAAGGACCCUGCAUGUCCAGAAAGAUUACCAGGAGAGACACCCGAAACAAAAGUGGUAGAAGGUUCACCAGCUGCACAAUGUGAGGAUGAUUGGAUCUCAUACAGAGGAAAAUGUUACUAUUUGUCAGACCGGAUUGAUACAUGGAACAACAGCCAGGACUUCUGCAAAUCACACAAUUCAUCCCUGACAAUUAUUGAUAAUGAAAAAGAAAAGAAUUUUUUUAAUCUCCUGAAAUCUAAUAAUUUCUGGAUUGGACUGAGCAGGAAACACAAUGACUCAGGCUGGGUCUGGAAUGAUGGAACAUUCUACUCAGAAACAUUAUUUGAUAUUCAUAGAAAGCCAACAGACCCUGGUGAAUCAGAGAAUGUUUUCCUGAAUGGUGACGGUUUUAGAAGUGAAAGUGGAAGAUAUCCAAAGAAAUGGAUUUGCAGCAAGAGUUUGUUUAGGUCAUCCUCCCUAAUACACAUGGAGUUGAAAGCUCCAGGUCCUGACAGGUUCACCCCAAUAUACUACAAGAAAUUUGCAGGAACCCUCGCCCCCAAACUUUCAAAACUUUUUAAUUUUAUCCUCCAGGGCCACAAGCUUCCUGAAGAGAUGCUCCACACCAAUAUGUCACUGAUACCGAAACCGAAUAAGGAUCACUCAGUUUCCCAGAAUUACAGGCUGGUAUCGGUUCUCAAUAACGACUUAAAAUUUUUAGGUAGACUGUUAGCAGAUCGCCUCACCCCGAUUAUCUCCUCCUUAGUAGCCCGAGAACAAACUGGCUUUAUCCCUUCCAGGCAGAUCACUGACAACAUCCACCUAGCUUCUAACAACAUUCAGGACGCAGAUCUCUUCUCCGCAUAG